AUGAGUUACGAAGACCACGACAAGUCGAAUCAACAUUUGAAAUUCGAGGAUGAUCAUUUUCCGGCGUAUUUUCGCCUUUUGAAAUGGAAAUUCUUGGACAUUUGCAUUGCAAGUAUGGAAAAAGGGGCAUUCGGUUACUUCAAACUGUUUCAAUCGUUGUUUCCCGAGAAGAAAUUGGCGGAGGCGGUUGAGAAAAUGACCGAGGAGAUGCCCUCCUUCACGACGGACCCGGAUUUUAAGAAAUUGAGAGCCAGCAAAGUCGAUGAGAAAGCGCAACGACAGGCGGAGACUUAUCUCAAAAUGCGACAUGAGCAUAAGUACAAAGUUCAGAGGAGAAGAUACGCUGAAUACUUCUUGAAGAAUGUUCUCUUCAACGAGGAAGGUCUUCGAAUUGCCGAUCGAUUGAUGUAUGAGAACUGCAAGCAAGUAUAUGGAACAUCCCAUUGGAGAGAUCUUCCAACGAACUGGGUGACUCAUGAAACAUUCAAAGAGAAGUUUUACGAGGAGAAAGAGUUGAAAAACGAUAGAUUCGGAAUGCAGAAAUUGGAUCGAAUCGCCGGAUCGGCACGUGGAAUGAUCAUUAUGAAACACUUUGGGAAUAAUCCUCAUUGCACAAAGGAAUACGAAACUCUCGCACAGGAAGUGAAUGACAAUGAGAAUAUGGUUCAUACGGAUCUUGUGAAGGAGAUGCUUGACGAGGGACCUGUCUUCGAAAUUGUCAAAGAUAAGAAUGGAGAGGAACAAAGGCAGAGAGCUGUCAAGUGGAGCAUUCAUAAAACCCUGAUUCUCUUCUUGACGAUUCCCGGAUUCGACAUGACACACCGUAAACCAGAAGACCGUGAUGAAUGGUACUACGGACUGCUCGACGCGAUGAGACACGAUGCAGCCAACCGAUCGGCUCUUCACUUUUUGAAUAGCAAAUAUUCAGAGGAACUUGAGGAGCGUGACAAGGAAAGAGAUCGUCUUCGUCUCCAAGUGCUCAAAGGACAACAAGUCAAUGAGGAAGCUGUUGGAGAGCAAAUAUUCCAAACAAUUCGACCACAACCAAAGGAUAAUGGAUUCAAUCCAUCACUCGAAGCGGGCGAACUGGUUCUCCGUACUUAUCAAGAGGAACUCGUCCAGACGGCUCUCGAAGGAAAAAAACUGUGUAAUCAUUGCUCCGACUGGCUCAGGAAAAACGGAAGUGGCCAUUUAUGCGGCGAUGAAGCAUAUCUCGAGAAGAGAAGCGUUGUCCUCGUCGUCCCGAAAAUUCCGCUCGUCACUCAGCAAAAAGAGCGUUUCUUGAAAUAUUGUAAUGGAAAAUAUGUGGUCAAUGGAUUCCAUGGAUCAGAGAAAAGUGAUAGUGGAGAGGGAAGACGGGAUGAUGUACUCGCAUCACAUAUUGUCGUUAUGACACCACAGAUUUUGAUCAACAUGCUGCAAUCUGUCCGCCGUAACGAACGUCUCUACGUGAGUGACUUCUCAAUGAUGAUUUUCGACGAAGUUCACUAUACAACUGGAAAUCACGCAUACGUGAAUCUCAACCGUAUCGUCCAAGAAUGGGAAUACGAUAAGCCACAAAUCAUCGGUCUGACGGCUUCAUUGAAUGUGAAUGCAUCGCAACAAACGGAUAUUAAUUCAAUGUUGAAUGGUAUCUACAGUAUGCUUGCUCUGUUGAAUGCACCACAUUUGAGUACGAUCACUCAUCAGUCGAGUAUUGAUGAACUCAAUAAAUAUGUCUCGAAACCGGAUGAUACUAUCGAAGUGGUGCAACCGGGUGAAAAUGUGCUCCGCUCACACAUCGAUAACUAUCUGAAUACGAAACACUAUAAACUGGUCGCGGAGCUGGAGAAACUGUCGAAAUCUCGUCACAACUGCUUCCCGGCCGGCUCAUUCCGUAGUUUUAAGAAUGCGAAACCGAAGGAAUUCAUGCUUUACGAGUCACUUGUGCAGAGUCUCAUUCAGGAUUUGAACAAGUUGAACACGCCGGAUAAAAUGGUCGCACAGAAGUGGACUAAGUAUAUUAGGGUGUACAUCGAAGCUCGCGGAAUCGUCGAUGUGAUGCCAGCAAUGGUCGCCUUCAACUUCAUGGAAGAGUCGAUUCGACAGCUGAAUAGUGAGCACACAUUGGAUCAAUUCAGUGAUUUCCUCACUGACAAAGUCUACGACCCACUGAAACAACGAUCCGAAGGAGUUGAGCCGGAAAUUGUGAAAAAAUUAAAGACAACUUUGGUAAACCAAUUCAAAGAGCAACCCGACUCGCGUGUCAUCAUCUUCGUCACCCAACGAAACACGGCUCAACGCGUCAGCGAGUUCCUUAAUGAAUCUGGAAUUCUGGAGCAAUUUUUGAACACAACGACACGUCAGAAGACAGUCGGCUACGUACUGGGAACCAAUAAUACAGGAUCCGUGCAGCAAAGUCCACAGGAGCAACAACGAGUCCUCGAGCAGUUUAAUAGUGGAAAACUGAAAGUGAUUGUGGCGACGUCGGUGGUGGAAGAGGGUCUCGACGUGACUUCGUGUAACCUAAUUAUCAAAUAUAAUUGCUCAUCGGCGUCGGCGAUUCAAUUAGUGCAAAGAAGAGGACGUGCGCGUGCGAAGAACUCGAGAUCGGUGCUGCUCGCGGUGCACUCGCGAGUUCAAAAUGAUGAGAGCAAUGCGAUGCUCUCCGAGAAAUUUAUGAGACAAUGUGUCAAAAUUAUUGAGCAGAAUGGAAAUAAGAUGUUGGAGAAGGAAGUGCACAAGGCUACGGUGGACAUUCAGAGACAACGAGCCGCGGAGGCGGCAGAGUUGAAACAACAAAUGGAACGAAACGGACGGAAUAUCUUCACAGUGAACUGUGCGCAGUGUCAGUGGACGUUCUGUAAAAGUACGGAUAUUAAGAAGGUGUCAUCGAAUUAUAUGGCAUUCCAUCCGAUGGUUUGGGAUAAUGUCUCCGUUGAGUCGCAAAAGAAAGCACCUUCAUACCGUAACGAAGACACUCAACCUCUCAGUAUUCUGAAGUGUCACAAAUGUCAACAUCUCGUUGGAAAAGCGUACAAAAUGAGAGGAGUCUACUUGCCCCAAUUCGCCGUCAAAAACGUCAAUUUCGUGGCACAAAACAACGACAACGGAACGGCGACGAAAGCGCAUUGGUCCGGCGUCCAGGAUGAGUUGUUCUUCAUCGGCGAGGCGACUCAACACGAUUUUGAAAUCAUGCUGAACGCUCUCGGCAACACUGAGGCGAAUAUGGACAAGAAGCGAAUUCUCGACUUGGAUUCGAAGCAACUUAUGAAACUUGUCGAGUCGAAGAGAUUCCUUGCAAUGAAAGAGAAGAAAGAGCAGGAGGCACGAAUGAAGAGAGCUGAGGAUGAGGAAAACGGAGUGGUGCCAACUAACGGAUCAACCGAAUUCAGUGAGGACGAGGAUUGA